AUGAAAGAUUUAAUGCCGAAAGAAAUCAAAGCCGAAUUGGAUAAUGUUCAUAUGCACCAACGUUUGACUGUAUAUAAUUGGGUGAAUGAAUUUAAACGUGGUCGUACAUCUACAUGUGAUGCAUCUCGUUCGGAACGUCCAAUUGAGGCUGAUACGCUAGAAAUCAUCGAUAAAGUCCACGAUAUUGUUUUGACUGAUCAACGAGUGAAAGUGCGCGAGCUUAUAGAGGCCACAGGUAUAUCACAUGGCACAGUGAUUUCAAUUUUGCACGAACAAUUGGGUAUAAAAAAGCUAUCGGCAAGAUGGAUGUCGCGUUUGCUCACUGUGGACCAUAAGCGUGACCCCAGCACCGAUGGCCAAAUUCAACGAAUUCCGCUACGAAUUGCUUCCUCAUCCAGCAUAUUCGCCAGAUUUAGCUCCCUGCGACUAUUUCCUGUUACCAAACCGAAAGAAAUGGUUCGGAGAAAAGAGAUUCACCACUAG